AAAAGUCUAUUUAAGACAAAGACUUUGAAUCUGCUGGACCUGGGUAAGCACCGAAUCGAGUAUUGGAGAGAGAGAGAGAUGGGGUCAAUGAGAGUGGAGAAGCCUCAUGCCGUUUGCAUACCAUAUCCGGCACAGGGCCAUGUUAACCCCUUGCUACAACUAGCCAAGGUCCUUCAUUCUAGAGGCUUCUACAUCACCUUUGUCAACACCGAGUUCAAUCACAACCGUCUGUUGAGGUCUAGAGGCCCCAACUCUCUAGACGGAUUGGACGACUUCCGGUUCGAGACCAUACCGGAUGGUCUUCCACCGUCUGAUUGCAAUGCUACCCAAGACGUCCCAGCUCUCAGUGAUUCCACGAGCAAGACCUGCUUGGUCCCACUCUGGCAUCUUGUAACAAAGCUCAACGAAGCCGCUCAUUUGCCCAAAGUCAGUUGCAUAGUCUUUGAUGGUAUCAUGAGCUUCGCUCUAGCACUGGGUGAAGAGCUUGCUAUUCCUCGGAUUGAUUUCUGGACGCCAAGCGCUUGCGGUUUCAUGGGCUACCUCCAUUACCGGAAGCUCAUCGAAAGAGGUCUCGUACCGCUCAAAGAUGAGAGUUACUUAACGAAUGGAUAUCUGGAUACACCGAUCGAUUGGGUACCAGGGAUGAAGGGAAUUCGUCUGAGGGAUUUUCCGAGCUUCAUUCGAACAACAGAUCCCAACGACAUCAUGCUCAACUUUAUGAUGCGCAAUGCAGAGAGAGCUCCAAAAGCAUCGACAGUCAUUCUCAACACAUUCGAUGACAUGGAACGCGAUGUCCUUGAUGCAAUCAAAGCCAUGAUUCCUAAUACAUACACGAUCGGUCCCCUAUCAAUUCUAUGUAACCAGUUACCGGAUUGUCCGUUGAAGUCGAUAGGAUCGAAUCUGUGGAAAGAAGACAAGGGUUGUCUAGAUUGGCUGGACACGAAAGAGGCAAGAUCGGUCGUUUUUGUGAACUUCGGGAGCAUAACAGUCAUGACUGAUCACCAGUUGAAAGAGUUCGCGUGGGGGCUAGCGAAUAGCAACCAUCAGUUUUUAUGGAUAAUCCGCCCCGAUCUUGUGAAGGGUGAAUCUGCAAUUCUGCCACAAGAAUUCCUGGAUGCGACUAAGGAAAGGGGCCUACUUGCAAAUUGGUGCCCGCAAGAGCAAGUGCUGGCACACCCUUCGAUGGGAGGGUUCUUGACGCACUGCGGAUGGAAUUCAACGUUGGAGAGUGUAUCCAACGGAGUGCCGGUGACCUGUUGGCCCUUCUUCGCGGAGCAACAGACUAAUUGCCGGUACGCAUGCACUCAUUGGGGUAUUGGAAUGGAGAUCGACAACGACGUUAAAAGAGAGGAAGUAGAGGGACUAGUGAGAGAAAUGAUGGAAGGAGAGAAGGGAAAAGAGAUGAAGAAGAAUGCCAUGAAACUAAAAGAAUGUGCUGAAAAUGCUGUAAAACAAGGUGGAUCUUCAUACACUAACAUGGAGAAACUAGUCAAUAAAGUGCUUUGCCCUAAGGUGAACUAAUCUGGGGGGAUCAGAUUCACUUAUCAGGUGAGGCCACUAUUAAUUAUAAUAUGCCCCAACCAGAAAAUAAAUAGGAAGCUUAAUUCAAUAAAUGGGCCACACUUGUAUGUCAAAUACAAAUUAUGAGGCCAUCUUGUUAUUUCUAUUCUUCUGGUACAUGAGACAGGCAGACGCACCGGCCUGGUCUUUGGGGCAUGUUCAUGGCCAGCCCCAUAUUGUAAAUUGACCAGGUCUUGCACGUGCGUGCCUUGCUAAUGAAGAGGUUGGAUCCAAUACAAAGCCAUUUAUUGUACUCGUCUUGAUGCUUACAUGUAAUCCAAUCCGUCCAUUAUGUUUGUAUCCUGAGGUUCUCGUCAAUGAAUAAAAAUCUCUCCAGUUCAAAUAUCAA